CGUUCUCUAGAGGGUCGAAGCGCGUAGAAAGUUUGAGAAGUUUCACGUGACGAUAUUUAACCGUGAGGCUGCUGCUGGCUCCGGCUGGGCACGAGCAGAUGAACUGAGCGCAACAGGACACAGCCAGGAGUUGACUCUCCGCCUCAAACUUGGAGAUGAGAAAAGCUGUUUUUCGUCUUUUCUGUUAGCAUUUCUUUAGAUUUGUUUUGGUUUCGUUCAGACAUACUUUGAAGUACUCAUCUGGAAUAAGUCAUUUAACAACAGAAAAUGGAGCGGACAGCAUCUUUGGAACUUUGUUGGCGCUUUAACAAGUUAAUGUCAAUUCUCGCUUGCAUAUGGUGUCAGUUGAGCGUCAGCGCGGGAUACAACUUGGAUAUCCACAAUUCACUUAAUUUCACUGGACUUAACGCAUCUCUUUUCGGAUAUUCUGUGUUGCUUCAUAAGUAUAAGAACCAAAGUUGGUUAGUGGUGGGUGCACCAGUCGCUGAUUCAGUCUUCAGCAAGGUCAAAACACCUGGAGCAAUCUAUAAAUGCAGUGUCUCAAACAAGGGCAGCUGCGAGGAGAUGUCUAUUGACAAUGAGGCAUACUGUGGAAAGACCUGCACUUCAGAGACAGAGAACCAAUGGCUGGGAGUGAGUCUAGCGAGAGAGCCGGUUACAGGCUCUGUGAUGGCUUGUGGACAUCGUUGGAAAAAUGUAUUUUACGCCAAAUCAGAGAAUCAUAAGUUGCCACAUGGCAGAUGCUUCAAGAUUGGGGCCGAUCUCACGACUUCUCUUCCACUGACUCCAUGCUACAGAGAUCACCAGAGAAAAUUUGGCGAGGACUACGGGUCCUGUCAAGCAGGGAUGUCAAACUUUUUAACAGAGGAACUGGUUAUAAUGGGUGCCCCAGGAACAUCAUACUGGACCGGGUCUGUUCUUGUAUACAAUUCAUCAAGCAACGUCCUGUCGGCAUAUCUGGAUGAAGACAGCAUGGUUCUCUAUGGCAGCUAUCUUGGUUACUCUGUGGGCGCAGGGCACUUCCUGAGUGCCCAGAGCACAGAGGUAGUGAGCGGGGCACCCCAGCAUGGGCAGACUGGUAAAGCGUACAUAUUGCGGACCGAGGGGAAUGUUCUGAAAAUAGUCGAUACGGAUCUGCGAGGCACCAAGCUGGGGUCCUACUACGGGGCGAGCGUGUGCGCCGUGGACCUGAACGCCGACGGCCUCUCGGAUCUGCUGGUGGGGGCUCCCAUGUACAGCACCGUGCGGGAGGAGGGGCGAGUGCACGUCUACAUCAACCAAGGCGAGGCAAACAUGAAGGAGUUGGAAUUUACCUUAGAGGGGAGUGACGCAUAUGCCGCGCGCUUUGGAGAGACCAUCACUAACCUCGGAGAUAUUGAUGAUGACGGAUUCUCUGACGUGGCGGUGGGAGCGCCUCAUGAGGACGACCUGCGAGGCGCUAUAUAUAUCUACAAUGGGAGGAAGAAUGGCAUCAGGCAGAGCUUUUCUCAAAGAAUCACAGGGAAGACCUUGGGCAACGACCUAAAAAUGUUUGGUCAGUCCAUCUCCGGAGGCGUUGAUGUUGAUGGCAACGGUUUCCCAGAUGUUGCUGUAGGUGCAUUCCUCUCUGAUGCAGCGGUGGUGCUUCGGACGCGCCCUGUGGUGAAGGUGGAGGCCUCCAUGGUGCUGCCCGCCAGCGUGAACCGCUCCCUGCCGCUGUGUUCCGAGAACGGCCAGCGCGCCGUCUGCGUCUCGGCCAGGGUGUGUUUCACUGUCACGGGCCGCCGCCUCGACGGACGCAUCAAAAUGCUCUACAACAUUACUGCUGAUGUGAAUCACAAAGAAGGCUUCCCCUCACGCUUCUAUUUCCACGGCAACGGAACUUCCAACAUUACCAGAGGCCACAUCUGGGCCAAUGCUGGCGAGCACAUCUGUCAAACUCACCAGGCCUUCAUGAGGAAGGACAUCCGUGACAUCUUCACUCCCAUCCGUUUCGAGGUGCGCUACGAGCUGGGGGAGCACAGCACCUCCAGGGCCGGGGCCCGCGACUUCCCCCUGCUCAAGCCCAUGCUGCAGCAGACGGGCGAGCACAACAACGUGGUGACGGAGGAGACUGAGUUUGCUCGAUACUGCGCCUGGGAAAACUGCUCUACCAACCUGCAGGUUUCAGCACACCUGGUCUUACCCCAGAGCUUCAACAACAUGUCCUACUUUGCUCUGUCGUCCGGGAAGACCAUCAUGCUCAACGUGACGGUGGUCAACGCCGGAGACGACGCCUUCCUCCCCAAGAUGCGCCUCCGCUUCCCCAGCAGUCUGCACUACAUUAAAGUGCUGGACGCCGAGGAGAAAUAUGUCAGCUGUGACAUUGUGGAGGAAAACAAAACCACCCUUGGACUGGACUGCAGCGUGGGCAAUCUGUACCUCGCUGCGCUGGCAAAGCUCAACAUCAGCUUUCUGCUGGACGUGAACCAGAGCAGUCCAGAGAAUCUGACCAUCAGUGUCCACAUGGCGAGUGAUAAUUAUGAGAAUGAGGAUCUUCUGUAUGACAACACUGCAACCCUUUCAUUACCUGUGAAAUAUGGCGUCGCCCUUACAGUUCAUGGCUUUGUUUCUCCCACAUCAUUUGAGUUUGGGGAGCAACAAACCAUACCAGUUGACUGCUACACAGAGAAGUUAAAUUACACAUACAAGGUUGUAAACCUUGGUCCGAGUAAAUCUGUCAAAACAAAAUUUGAAAUUGAUAUCCCUCAAUCCAUAACGCCAUACGAGCACCAGUUAAUGAAGAUUUCUGAGCUUCAGACAUCAGCUGGAGACUGCAUUGUGAGGAAUGACACACUUUGGACAAGUUCUGACUGUGAUGUCCCCAAAUCUUCAUUCUUCUAUGAACUGGUCUUCUUCUUCUCAAAAGUCAGCAGACGCAGAAUGUACUGCUCCAGAGGGGACAGCCUGUGCAUGACCGUGGAGUGUAACCUUGGAGACAUGGACAUUGGGAAGGAGGUGACCAUUCGGAUGGAGGUGGAGCUGAACCCAUCUAUUCUCCAGAUCCUGCCCGGAAGACAUGGAGUGAUGCUAAUGGAAAGCGUGGGCAUGGUCACCUCUCCGAGGACAGACCCCAAUACCUAUUUGCUGCAGGACCCCAUCUCUACCUCGGUGCUGGUGGAGGCCCAUCAUAAUCAGAAGCCCAACGCGUACGUGGGCGUCUUCAUCAUCGUGCUGAGUCUCAUCGUCGGGCUGCUCAUCCUGUUCUUGCUCAUACUGAUGCUGUGGAAGGCUGGCUUCUUCAAGAGGAGUCUGAAGGAGAAGCAGGAGGAGUUCCGGAGAGACAGCUGGGACUACGUGCCAAAAAGCACAAAAAGCGAGAGUUCGUCUUAAUCGAGAGGCGGCGUUCUACACCACCGAUAGGACUUCCGAAACCACGUGGAAAACGACUAGGAGAGACAAGGGAAACAACAAGGAACUGGUGCUCCAUUCUGACAAUAGCCCAGAAGCACCGGAGGCAAAGACGCCACUCGCGUGAUUGGUAAACGGUCGAAUAAUUGUGCCAAAAAUGCAUCUCCUAAUUGAGUCCUGGCAAGUGAAAACGAAUUGGAGAUCUCUGUCAGUGCGAAUGACAAAAUGCACUUUAGCGCUGGAACGGCUGAGUUGGACUGAGCGGCGCUGGCUGUUCUGGAGGUGCAAGAGGAGCGUUCCGCCUGCCAACAGCGCAUUCCUCUCCUCCUUCCAGCAUUUUCCGUUUUACUAUUUGAACAUGAAGGGCUAUUCACUCGUACCUGCUGUAAAAGACUAUUCUUGUUUUUUGUUUUUUUUAAAUGCACUGUUGAAAUCAUGUCAACCAUGCCCACGCCCUCCCAUAACCUUUUAACAAAUCGCUCUCUUAUUUCUGAGCAAUGCAAAGAAAGAUGUCUUUCACACCUAUGAGCACAAACACACACACACACACACACACACACACACACACACACACACACACACACACACACAGAGAGUAUAUGAAAGAACCUGCGCGAUGCACACGUGAAAAACUGCUGAAGCGAGGCUUGAUCUGAAACCGCCGCUUCCUGUUAUGUUGGUUUCUCUGGUUAAUGGACUACACCACUCUAGACUGCAUGGAUGCUGCUGUCACUUUUGCAUCGCCGCCCACACCACCCCACACCACACCACCCCACCCCUCCCCACUCCAUCCAUGGGAGGACGUCUACAAAGAGAUGUUUUUUGAAGACAAGAGGACAGACGUGAGGUGGCGUGGUUGGCGGGCGGGUCUCCGCGCCCUAGGCUGGCGACCGAGGAGGCUGCAGGGCAGCGGUGGCGGUGGCGGUGGCGCGGGCUGCCACGGGCAGAGAUGCGGCCGGCGACGUACUGUACGCAGUCAACGCAGCACAACACAACACCCUCGUGCCAUACGGGGACACUAGCGCCGUUGAGGACGUCGAAAAACACACACACACACAAAAAAACAUGACGAACGAGCCCUCACACGAGUCUACACGCUACACGGUGCCUCUGAACUCCUUUUGUGUUGGGGAGCGCAUCAAGGACCCCUAAAACACACACGCGCCAAUGAGGCCAGUAAGAUUGACUUUGAGGAAAGAAAAAAAAAAAAAGAUUGAACAAAAAAAAAACCAAUGACACAAACAACAGCCAACGGGAGCUCAGAGACAAAAUUGUUUGUGCUGUGAUCAUGAGAACGGUAGGUCCCAGGGGAGACUUCAAAAUCUGUACACAGCUGCGCAAAUGAGAGGGGAUGCAAAACCGAAUCUUAUCUCUAGAUUAGGACAGCGGCAAGGAUCUAGGUUAGGGUUUAAGACGCUUGUAUGCAUUUUAAGAUCACGUUGAUGAAGACUAAAGGAGAAAAUGUAAUUCGCUUUUUCAGGGAAUUGUACAUGAAAGCACAUUUCAAUUUGUUUUUCUUGAAUUGCUAUUUGGAAGAAGACAAAAUAUGCAUCAUGCAUAACUCCUCAAACAACAUUAUGUAAACAUUUUUUUCACAUGUUAAUAUUUGGUUGUACUUUGGUAAGUUAUCAUGCACUGGAAUGCAAUGUGUUUUUUUGGUUUUAUAUAAAAUUUUGUCUAUUUAAA